AUUUGUUUUUAAUUAGGCGAUGAAUCAGAACUCAAGGAUCUAAUCCAUCGGCCAUUAAAUGAAAAGACAGCCGGACAGAAAGAAUACAUAGAGCCUAUUUAUACCUCCGCCGCUGACAUAAUACAUUCACAGACAGACAGACACGGAGCCCACUCGUGUGACAUACCAGUGCUGGUGAAGUUCUUGGGAACCAUCCAUU